AUGAUGCAACCUAUGUCAUUAAUUACUGUUGUGGCUAUAUUAAUACCAGCUUUGGUAACUAUUGCUAUUUGUCUACUCAUAUGUUAUUCACAUAAAAAUAAAAAUGGAAAAUUUCAACAAUCAACACAUCCAGUUAAUGAAUCUCGUCGUAUACAUGAACAAAUAUCACAAGAAUAUUGUUUAGUUGAUUAUCCAUCUGCUUAUCGCUAUCAACAGCAACGUCGUUUACAUGAAUAUCCAUCAAUCUCCGAACAAUCUCCUCCAUCCUAUAAUAAUACUAUCGAACAAACAGGAAGACAACAAUUACCAUUAUUUUCAUCUAUUCGUACAAUACCGUCAACAACGUAUGGUUAUCAGAAUUCACCUGUUGUGAAUCCAUCUAUUUAUACAGCAAAACCACCUACAUAUGCUGAAAUCUUUCUAACAUCAAAUUGA